GAGUGCAGCCGCCAAAAAUAAGUCUAGGAGAUGAACGAAACAACAUUUAGACUAUUUUCUUUCAUUCUUUUUUUUUUUAAAUUUAAUUAUCAAGUUUUGGUUUUCAAUUCGACCCAUUUAAGACGAAUUGUGUUACAUGAUUUUAACCAGUUUCAUAACUACAAACGUGAAGCUAACAAGAUGAGUCAUCAUCUAUUUGUCAAAUGAUAAUACGAGAUUUCUAAAACUCAUCUAAAAGAACUAGAUAUUACGUACAAAUGUACAAUGUUAUUCCUUUAUUGUAGUUAACAGAUGACGUUUUUUAUCAAAAAAAAAAAUCAGAUGUCGUUUUCACAAAAAAAUCUAUACACGAUACAUGUAAAAGAAACUAUAUUUAUCCUAAACAACAUAGAUAUAUAAAUACUAUAUUAAAUUUCAUUAAUAGUAUCGCAAUAAAAAUAUCGUUGAUGAAAUGUUCUCAAAAUAGGUCUUAGUUUACAAAUGUGGGGUCAAUAUGUUGUAAGUUGUUAUAUAUCCGUCCUAGAUUAUAUAUUAAUUAUUUAUCUUAAAUGUUGUGACUGUUAUAACCGUCCUAGGUUUGUAAUUCAAAUUAACAGUUGCAACAAAAGAAGUCAGUUAUUGACUAAACUAAACACUACAAACUUUAUUCAUGAUAUUUGGUUAAGAAUAUCAAAACACUCUACAUGGCAACCCCUAAAUUCAUGCAUUUUGAAGACGCAUUGACUUUAAAAAAUCUCCACACCAAAAUAUGGGAAAAUACAAAGAAUCCAAAGUAGUAGGUUAUGUAAUUACAGAACAUACACCAGAACGUUCCCAUGACCCCCAGCUCAUGACUUUCUUAUCAAACAGAAAACGAACUAACAUAUCGUAAAGGCAACACACAACCUGUAUAUCCACACAUUCUUUCUAUUUUUAACUAACUAAAAAGAUAAAACAGAACAAAAUAGUGGAAUUAAGUUGUAUAAAUGAAUCGAGAGAAACCAGCUUUUAUCAUUGCAAGGUACAAAUCUAACAACGUCGGUGUUGUAUAAUUGUACCUGACAGUAUCUUUUGUGUGUCACCUUUUUCUCUCCCUCUCUUGGUUUCAAUUCAUGUUUGGUAGGCAUUGUCUUUUGUACCCAAGAGAAGAAAUAAUAUGGGGGAAAAUCAAUUGUCCACACACGAGGCUGCAUCUGCAAGGCAGAAGAAAGUGGACGAUUGGUUGCCAAUAACGUCUUCCAGAAACGCUAAAUGGUGGUAUUCCGCGUUUCACAAUGUAACAGCCAUGGUCGGUGCUGGUGUACUCAGCUUGCCCUAUGCCAUGUCCAACCUAGGAUGGGGACCUGGAGUGACAGUCAUGAUUAUGUCAUGGCUGAUAACGUUUUACACCAUAUGGCAAAUGGUGGAGAUGCACGAGAUGGUUCCAGGGAAGAGGUUCGACAGGUACCACGAGCUGGGACAGCAUGCAUUUGGAGAGAAGCUUGGACUAUGGAUUGUGGUGCCACAACAGCUAAUUGUUGAAGUAGGUGUGAACAUUGUGUACAUGGUGACGGGAGGAAAGUCAUUGAAAAAAAUCCAUGACCUUCUUUGUACUGAUUGCAAAGAGAUAAGAACUAGCUUUUGGAUUAUGAUCUUUGCUUCCGUACACUUUGUUCUCUCUCACCUUCCUAAUUUUAACUCCAUAUCUGGUGUCUCCCUCGCUGCAGCCGUUAUGUCCUUAAGCUACUCGACAAUUGCUUGGGGAGCCUCGGUGAAGAAAGGGGUACAACCAGAUGUAGACUACACGUUUAGAGCUACGACAAGUUCAGGAAAAGUGUUCAACUUCAUGAACGCACUAGGAGAUGUCGCAUUUGCAUAUGCUGGUCAUAAUGUUGUGUUGGAGAUUCAAGCUACUAUUCCUUCAACUCCCGAGAAACCAUCUAAGAUCCCAAUGUGGAGAGGAGUGGUUGUUGCCUACAUCGUGGUUGCCAUCUGCUAUUUUCCUGUUGCAUUUGUUUGCUACUAUAUUUUUGGAAAUAAUGUGGACGACAAUAUUCUUAUGUCACUGGAGAAACCAACUUGGCUUAUCGUCAUGGCUAACUCAUUCGUGGUUAUUCAUGUUAUUGGAAGCUAUCAGAUAUUCGCAAUGCCGGUUUUUGAUAUGCUUGAAACCUUUUUGGUAAAACAAAUGAUGUUUGAUCCUUCCUUCAAACUCCGUUUCAUCACUCGAACUUCAUAUGUUGCUUUAACCAUGUUCGUUGGCAUAUGCAUUCCAUUUUUUGGAGGAUUACUCGGCUUUUUUGGAGGAUUUGCCUUUGCCCCAACAACUUACUACCUGCCAUGCAUAAUGUGGUUGAUUCUCAAGAAACCAAAGAAGUAUGGAUUGUCUUGGUCUCUUAACUGGUUCUGCAUAGUGGUCGGCGUAAUAUUAACGAUCGUAGCUCCCAUUGGUGGCCUCAGAACCAUUAUCAUGUCUGCCAGUGACUACAAGUUCUUCUCUUGAACAAAUUAUAUGCAGUCAUGCGUUUAUUUUUGGAAUACCGUCUAUUUAGGACUUCCAAAUGUAAUGAUAUUAUAUAUUUAAAUUAAAAACAUGAUUUAAGGCUGCCUCUAAACUUUCUCUUCUUUUGUUGAUGUAUAUGUAUCUUCUAUUUAUAAAUUAUAUAAAUAAUAUUAAACAAAGGUCUAAAUAUGAAACCAUCGAUGUAUACAUCAUGUUGUCUGGGAUAAAUAUAUCGCCUCUUUUACAUGUAUGAUAUAUAGAUUGUUCGUAAAAACGACAUCUAAUUGCACCAUAUAUCUGAUGUUUCAGGUGCUUUUUCUCAUUUGUUUUUUCAAACUUUUAACACGUAGAGAGUUUUACAAUUUAUCCCCAACGAGUUCAAUAUACAAACUAUUUUAAAAAGGAAGUAAGAUAUUAAAAAAGUUUAAAUAUCAUUCAUUUAUUUAUAAAAUAGGUGCUUCUUCCAUACUCAUGUAGAAAUAUUAACAUUUACAAAAUAUAUAAUUUAUAAUAUUGAUUAUUAUUUUAUUCUUAAAGUUUUUUAAUCGUUUAUAAUUUAUAUGUAUGCAAAACAAAUAGGAGAUUUUUUUUUAAAACAUCUGAUUUUACUAAUAAACAAUUUGAUCGAUACAGUUAUUUUUUGAGUAUAUAAGAUUGUCAUUAUUCAUCUCAGUUGAAACAUAAAUGUUUCAUGAUUCUAAAUAGGCUAAAAUAACAUUAGCUUUGUUAUUUGCAUUUAAUUUGGUUUAUUGUCUUGGAUUCAUAAUAUAUAUUUGUAAAAUUAUUUUAAAUUUUGAUAGAUGUUGUUUAGGUAAACAAAUGGGAAAGGGUUGUCAGUUCGGAGUUGUAUAAGUGAACACAAUAAGUAAUUUUUUAAAUUUUAUGCAUGUAUAUAAAUAUUUAUAAUCAAACUAAAUCAUGAUAAUUUUUAACAUAUAAUUUUCACAUGUUCAUUAGUUUUAAGUUAGAAUCACAAUCAGUUCACUUACUUAUACUGUAUGGGCAUAUUGAGUUAUAUAUUUGUUUAAAAUGAACCACAGCUACUUUUGGAUUUUAUUUAAGUUAAAAACUGAUUAGUUUUUGUUGCAUUUAUUUUAGUUUUAAGUUUUAGAUUUGAAAAUAUAUUUUUAUUUUUUAAAGAAAAUACCUAUAUUAUUUUUUGUGAAAAUAAAUUUAAAUUUUAAAAUCUAUAUAUUUUAUUUAUGUUUUUCUAAUAAUAUGAAGAAAAAAAAUUAUAUAUGUUAUAUAUAUAUAAACUUUACAUAUUUAUAGAUGUUUCCUUUUAGUUAUUUAUGUGGGUUUUGUAAGAGAGUAAAAGAAAAACAAAAUUAAAAUUAAAAAUCUAAUUAAAAUUAUAUCAAGCAAAAAUAAAAUAAAAAUAAUUUUGUAAAUGUAAUUAUGUAUAAUUCAUUAUAAUAAUUUUGUAAUUGACUAUUAUAAAAAAUUAACGUGAGAGCUAUCUCAUAGUUUGUUUUGUUAGCAAGAUAUCUUUUGAAUGUAAUUAAAAAAAAUUUGUUGACUUUUUCAACGACAUAUGUAAUAUAAGAUUUGAAUCCGAAACAAUGCGUACACAACGUCCUAUAUACAUUGAACUCCUAAUACAGAUGUGUAGUGAAUACAGAAGAUAGAACAGUUGAAUGAUGAUGAAAACAAAGUUAUGCUUAGGGCUUAGAUUUCGGCUAUUUGGGUCGGUUAUGGAUAGAACAUGUUUGGUUUUGGAUAGGGCAUAGAAAAUUAUAUAUAUAGGAUCCGGUAAUGUUUCGGUUUGGAUCUGGGUUAGUUCCGACCGGGUAAAUACGGAAAUUAUAUAUUUAUUUUUAUUAUCAUUUUAAUUUUUGAACAAAUAUUGUAUAUUUGUUAUUAAGUGAAAGGUAUAGCAAGUAAGUUACGUGGUAAUGAAACUAUAACUUUUCCCUUCCAACCAGGAUUUGAGACUCAGAAUGUGCAAAUCCUUGUUUGUGGAUUUCGGUUUAAACGAGCAUCUGACCAGCUCCGGGUAAAAUUGGAACCAAACCGAUAACCAUAACAUUAUUUGUCAGGUAAAUAUAUUAUAUCUGAACCGAACUGGUCAAUUUCAGGUGACAAUAAAUAGUUAUUUCCUGGUCAUCACAACGUUCCACUCGUAGAAAACAAGAUUUAGCAUGGACAUAUGUCACUCAUAGUUUAGAUUUAAAGGGGAAAAGAAUUCUUACUUAUGACUUUUGUCGUAAGGUUAAUCAUGGAGGUGCAGCGAAUCAAUAGAAUGAAAUAAAACAUCGUAAAAUUAAGUUUAAACUAAUCAAACCCGAUCGAACGGUCGAAUCACAAUGAUCCGUGACCCAAAAUAU